UCGCCAGGGGCCGCUCGCGGGCGGGUCUCCUAGGCAACCAGUGCUCCGCCCCUCCGCCCCUUUAACCUUUAGGGUGCGCGGGCGCCGCGUCCUGCGCUAGCGCCUGUCUACCCCCUCCGCACGCUUCGCCCGGGCUGUCCCGGCCGGAAGGGAAGAUGGCGGCGGCGACGGGCGCAGCGUCGGCCGAGCUGGUGAUCGGCUGGUGCAUCUUUGGCCUCCUACUCCUGGCUAUUUUGGCAUUCUGCUGGAUAUAUGUUCGUAAAUAUCAGAGUCAGCGGGAAAGUGAAGUUGUCUCCACCAUAACAGCGAUUUUUUCUCUGGCCAUUGCUCUUAUCACAUCGGCACUUCUACCAGUGGAUAUAUUUUUGGUUUCUUACAUGAAAAAUCAAAAUGGUACAUUUAAGGACUGGGCCAAUGCUAAUGUCAGCAGACAGAUCGAGGACACUGUGUUGUAUGGUUACUACACUUUAUAUUCUGUUAUAUUAUUCUGUGUGUUCUUCUGGAUCCCUUUUGUCUACUUCUACUAUGAGGAAAAGGAGGAUGAUGACACUGGGAAAUGCACUCAAAUUAAAACGGCACUCAAGUAUACGCUGGGCUUUGUUGUGAUUUGUGCACUUCUUCUUUUAGUUGGUGCUUUUGUUCCAUUGAAUCUUCCCGAUAACAAAAACUCUACAGAGUGGGAAAAGGUGAAGUUCCUGUUUGAAGAACUUGGAAGUAGUCAUGGUUUAGCUGCCUUGUCAUUUUCCAUUAGUUCUCUGACCUUGAUUGGAAUGUUAGCAGCUAUAAUCUAUACAGCCUAUGGCAUGUCGGCAUUGCCUUUAAAUCUGAUAAAAGGCACUAGAAGUGCUGCUUAUGAACGUCUGGAAAACACUGAAGACAUUGAAGAAGUGGAGCAGCACAUCCAAACAAUUAAAUCAAAGAGCAGAGAUGGUCGACCUUUGCCAGCAAGAGAUAAACGUGCCUUAAAACAAUUUGAAGAAAGGUUACGAACACUUAGGAAAAGAGAGAGACACUUAGAAUUCAUUGAAAAUAGCUGGUGGACAAAAUUCUGUGGUGCUCUGCGUCCCCUGAAGAUCAUUUGGGGAAUAUUUUUCAUCUUAGUUGCAUUGCUGUUUGUAAUUUCUCUCUUCCUGUCAAACUUAGAUAAAGCUCUUCAUUCAGCUGGAAUAGAUUCUGGUUUCAUAAUUUUUGGAGCUAACCUGAGUAACCCACUGAAUAUGCUUUUGCCUUUACUACAGACAGUGUUUCCUCUUGAUUAUAUUCUUAUAACAAUCAUUAUUAUGUACUUUAUUUUUACUUCAAUGGCAGGGAUUCGAAAUAUUGGCAUAUGGUUCUUUUGGAUUAGACUGUAUAAGAUCAGGAGAGGCAGGACCAGGCCCCAGGCGCUCUUGUUCCUCUGCAUGAUCCUUCUGCUCAUCGUGCUCCACACCAGCUACAUGAUCUACAGUCUCGCUCCCCAGUACGUUAUGUACGGAAGCCAGAACUACCUGUUAGAGAACAAUGUAACUUAUGAUGCCCGUAAAGGCAAUUCAACUUCCGUGCCAAAGAGAUGUGAUGCAGAUGCCCCUGAAGAUCAGUGUACUGUCACCCGGACCUACCUGUUCCUUCACAAGUUCUGGUUCUUCAGUGCCGCCUACUACUUCGGUAACUGGGCCUUUCUUGGGGUGUUUGUGAUUGGGUUGAUUGUCUCCUGCUGUAAAGGGAAGAAGUCGGUCAUUGAAGGGGUGGAUGAGGAUGACUCAGACCUGAGUGAUGACGAGCCCUCUGUCGUACAGGUUUACUAAGCCGACUCCGCAUCUCUUGUGCAUUUGUAAAGUGUCAAACUAACAUUAGGAUGAACUGACUAGCUUUCAUCAAAAAUGGGAGCAUGGCUAUUAAAAAAAAAAGCUAUAUUUUUUAUGUUUUCUGAAGUAACAUUAUUGUAUCAUAGAUUAACAUUUAAAAUUGCUAUAAUAAUACUAUGUAAAUUUUAAAGUACCGGCCUUGUGAGGGAAUGUUUGUGGAAAUUUUUUUUUCCUCUAGUGUUGAAUUGAUUAAAAAUCUUCCAGAAUUAAUAUUCCCUUUUGUCACUUUUUAAAAACAUAAUAAAUCACUUGUAUCU